AUGAAUUCUAGUUCAAAUAUAGAUGAUUCAGAUGUUAAUAUAUCAAGUUGUAAAGAUUUUUCUUUAUCUGAUAGUGAAAGUUCUGAUUCAGGUGUAAUCAGCUCAGAUGCAGAUUUAGAUGUAAUAGGAUAUGAGGAAUUUUCUUGGUUUGAUAAUAAAUGUGAAGUUUUUAGUUUGGGUGUAGAUGUAAAUAGAUGUAAAGAUUUUUCUUGGUCUGGUGAUGGAUGUAAGAUUUCUAGUUCAAAUAUAACUAAUUCGGGUGUAGAUGGCUCAGGUGUAAGUACAGGUGUAAUUGAAUGUAAAGAUUUUUUUUGA